GCCCCCAUCACAUGCUUUCCCGCGUCGCUCUUUUCUGCUGCAGGAAGAGAUGCUGAUAUCGGCCCACGUCCCGCUGCUGCUGCUGCUGCUGCUCCUAGGGGCCCCCCGGACGGGCCUCGCCGGGAGGUUCCACAAAGCCGGGUCUGUCUUCAGCUGCAUCAGCACAGCCCUGUCUGAGGCCAGGAAGAGCCCGCUGGAGGACGCCCUGCUGAGUAGGAGAAGCUUCCCCCACCUGCCCAGCCAAGACCCAUCCUCAGGAGAGGACGAGGAGGAGGAGGAGCAAGACAAGGAGAAAAGGGCCUUCCCUGGCUCCGGCGGGGGCGGCGCAGCUGGGAGCACCCGGUACAAGUACCUGUCCCCAGCGCAGCUCAGGGGGCGGCUGUACCAGGACAAGGCCCAGAGUGACCGGCGCACCAAGUUCACGCUGUCCCUCGAUGUCCCCACCAACAUCAUGAACAUCCUCUUCAACAUCGCCAAGGCCAAGAACUUGCAAGCCAAGGCGGCCGCCAACGCCCACCUGAUGGCUCAGAUCGGGCGGAAGAAGUAGAAGCCGAGGCUGGAGGGACAGCGGCCCAUCAGGGACCAGAACGGAGGUGGGGGUGGUUUGCACUUGGAGGGACCAGUCCUGUUUCACGGGCAGCUUCACACUCAACCCCUCUACCCUCUUCCUUCCUUCCCCAGCCCCACUCCCCGCUCCUCUGUGACACACACACAGCCGUGCAGGAUUUAUCCCAGCUCCACCGCCACAAGGCUACUGACGUCUCUCCCCAUAUUCUGUCUCCUUUCUCCUCCCCCACGACGAGAGGCAAAGGUCACGCUUCUCCCUGGUGACCCCCUCACCUGAGAAGAGGCAAGCAGGGCUCCCCUCCUCCCCGCACUCCAUCCCCAGCCAAGGCCGGAAGACGAGGAAACACACUGCUCACCAUCCGGCCACCAGACCCCU